CCCGGGCGGUUCGGCUUAACAGACGCUGGUGUGCCGGCGCGGGGGAGAGUCGCUGCAGUUGUCGCCACGGCCGGGGCUGGGACGAGGCGGCGACAGCAGACCGGACAACCGACGGUCGCCUACUCGCUGUGCGGCCACUGCGGCUGCGCCUGGGUCUCCAGGAGACGGCGCGGGACGUGAGUGCUCUGAGUACUGUCAUGUUGGCUCAUUUGAUUCUCUUAAUUAUACCAUGAGCAAGAAGAUGGAGAUUUGGAGGUGUCGAAACCCAGUCGCCUGUCGUGAAGACGCUACCAGUACCUCCUGCCAUUGUCAACUGAUUCUUAUGGAAAUCUGUUAAUCCUACUUUUUGAGCACUUAUGAAUAACUACAUAUCUUCAGCACCAUCUACCAUGAAGCUAAAACAGACCAUCAACCCCAUUCUUUUAUAUUUCAUACAUUUUAUAAUAUUACUUUAUACUAUUAUAACAUACAUUCCAUGUUAUUUUUUGUCUGAGUCAAGACAAGAAAAAUCAAACCAAAUUAAAGCAAAGCCUGUAAAUUCGAAACCCGGAUCUGCAUACAGAUCUGUUAACAGUUUGAAUGGCUUGGCCUCAGUAUUACACCCUGGAUGUGAUACACUAGAUAAAGUUUUUAUGUAUGCAAAAAACAAAUUUAAGGACAAAAGACUCUUGGGAACCCGUGAAGUUUUAAAUGAGGAAGAUGAAGUACAACCAAAUGGAAAAAUUUUUAAAAAGGUUAUUCUUGGACACUACAAUUGGCUCUCCUACGAAGACGUCUUCAUUAGCGCUUUCAAUUUUGGAAACGGCUUACAGAUGCUGGGUCAGAAGCCGAAGACCAACAUCGCCAUCUUCUGUGAGACCAGGGCUGAGUGGAUGAUCGCUGCGCAGGCGUGCUUCAUGUACAACUUCCAGCUUGUCACUUUGUAUGCGACUCUGGGAGGCCCGGCAAUUGUCCAUGGACUAAAUGAAACGGAGGUGACGAACAUCAUCACUAGUAAAGAGCUGCUGCAAACAAAGUUGAAGGAUAUAGUCUCUUUAGUCCCUCGCCUGCGGCACAUCAUCACAGUCAAUGGCAAGCCGCCCACCUGGACGGAGUUCCCCAAGGGCGUCAUUGUGCACACCAUGGCCGCAGUGCAGGCGCUGGGAGCCAAGGCGAGUGCGGAAAACAAACCCGAGAGCACCCCAGCACCCUCGGAUAUCGCUGUCAUCAUGUACACAAGUGGGUCCACGGGGCUGCCCAAGGGGGUCAUGAUCUCCCACAGCAACAUCGUCGCCGGGGUCACUGGGAUGGCGGAGAGGAUCCCAGGCCUGGGGGAGGAAGAUGUUUACAUUGGAUACUUGCCCCUGGCCCACGUGUUGGAGUUAAGUGCUGAGCUCGUUUGCCUUUCUCAUGGGUGUUGCAUAGGCUACUCUUCGCCACAGACGUUAGCAGACCAGUCUUCAAAAAUAAAAAAAGGAAGCAAAGGGGAUACAUCCACACUGAAGCCGACACUGAUGGCCGCAGUUCCGGAAAUCAUGGAUCGAAUCUACAAAAAUGUCAUGAAUAAAGUGAAUGAAAUGAGUAGUUUUCAACGUAACCUGUUUAUUCUGGCCUAUAACUAUAAAAUGGAACAGAUUUCAAAGGGACAGAGUACUCCGCUAUGUGAUAGAUUUGUUUUCCGGAAAGUUCGAAGCUUGCUGGGUGGGAAUAUCCGGCUUCUGUUGUGUGGGGGGGCUCCACUGUCCGCAGCCACCCAGCGCUUCAUGAACAUCUGCUUCUGCUGCUCCGUGGGGCAGGGCUACGGGCUCACCGAGUCUGCCGGGGCCGGGACGAUCACAGAAGUGUGGGACUACAACACUGGCAGAGUGGGGGCGCCCCUGGUGUGCUGCGAAAUCAGACUAAAGAACUGGGAGGAAGGUGGAUACUUCAAUACAGAUAAACCACAUCCCAGGGGUGAGAUCCUUAUUGGUGGCCAGAAUGUGACGAUGGGGUACUACAAAAAUGAUGCAAAAACAAAAGCUGACUUCUUUGAAGACAAGAACGGGCAGAGGUGGCUCUGUACCGGAGACAUUGGAGAGUUUGACCCCGAUGGUUGUUUGAAGAUUAUCGAUCGUAAAAAGGACCUUGUAAAGCUUCAGGCAGGAGAAUAUGUUUCUCUUGGGAAAGUAGAGGCAGCUUUGAAGAAUCUUCCAUUAAUAGACAACAUUUGUGCAUAUGCAAACAGCUACCACUCUUACGUCAUCGGAUUUGUUGUGCCAAACCAAAAGGAACUGACAGAACUGGCCCGGAAGAAAGGGCUGAAAGGGACGUGGGAGGAGCUGUGCAACAGCUGUGAGAUGGAAAACGAGGUCCUCAAGGUGCUGUCCGAGGCCGCCGUUUCAGCAAGCCUGGAAAAGUUUGAAAUUCCAGUGAAAAUUCGUUUGAGUCCUGAACCAUGGACCCCGGAAACUGGUCUGGUGACAGAUGCCUUCAAGCUGAAGCGCAAAGAGCUGAAAACACAUUACCAGGCGGACAUUGAGCGAAUGUACGGGAGGAAAUAGCGUUCUCUCCGUCUUCGGUUUGCUGCAGGGAGCUCGGAUCAGCUCGGGAAAUACUUGAAAUGCAUGUCUCAGACCGUGAGGCGAACUCCGUUCCUCAUGCUAGACCUGAACCGUCAUUUCUCGUGACGUCGCCGCCUCUGACGGGACGAGGGAAAGACUGAGACAGCCGACGCCCUCGGUCUCGCCUUCUCCUCCUCAGUUCGUACGCGCCCGUCUGCGCGAGGACUCCCUCCCACACUGCACUGGGAGCAGCGGUUUUAAAACCUCAAGUUUUUAAACAUGAUUUGUAUGUUCUGUAUAAUGUUCAGUUUGUAACUUUUUAAAGUUUGGAUGUAUAGAGGGUUAAAUAGGAAAUAUAAAAAUUGGUUAUUUGGGGGGCUUUUUUACUCACAGUAUUUAAAAAUGUAAGGUUAUGUAUGAUGUGAAAUUAUGUAAAUUUCAAAUGCUUAUGAAUCAAAUCAUUGUUGAACAAAAGCUUUGUUGCUGUGUAAUUAUUGUCCUGUAUGCAUUCGAGAGAAAUAAAUCCACCCAUACUUACGUUUUAAGAAA